GCGGGCUCCGGCGCCCUGGGAGCGCCGCUCCUCACCCGGGCGUCUCCGGGCUUCGCGAGUUUCGUUCGGCGGGGAGGGCGGCGGUCUGGGCGGAGAACGUGUCCCGGACCCUGCUCUGCGCCCCUUGGACCCGCGCGCCGCCGCGCCCCGGAGGCGGGCACCGUGCCCUGCGCUCUGUGUCCGGAAAGGGGGCGCCCUACGCCAGCUGCACCAGAGCGAGCGUGCCCUCGGGGGAGACUGCCGAGCGAUGGCUGUGAGGCUGGGGUGAGGCGGGAGGCCACCCGAACGUCCCCCGCGUCCUCACCAUGCAGAAGAGCGUGCGCUACAACGAGGGGCACGCCCUGUACCUGGCCUUCCUUGCGCGCAAGGAGGGAACCAAGCGCGGUUUCUUGAGCAAGAAGGCGGCGGAGGCGAGCCGCUGGCAUGAGAAGUGGUUUGCUCUUUACCAAAAUGUGCUCUUCUACUUCGAGGGCGAGCAGAGUGGCCGCCCGGCGGGCAUGUACCUCCUGGAGGGCUGUAGCUGCGAACGGACACCCGCGCCACCCAGGGCCAGCGCCGGACCGGGAGGCGCCCGGGACACUCUGGACAAGCAGUAUUACUUUACUGUUCUUUUUGGCCACGAAGGUCAGAAGCCACUGGAGCUGCGCUGUGAGGAGGAGCAGGAUGGGAAAGAGUGGAUGGACGCUAUUCACCAAGCCAGUUAUGCAGACAUUUUGAUUGAGAGGGAAGUCUUAAUGCAGAAGUACAUUCAUCUAGUCCAGAUCGUAGAGACAGAAAAAAUUGCAGCUAACCAACUCCGACAUCAACUUGAAGAUCAAGAUACAGAAAUCGAAAGGCUUAAAUCAGAGAUUAUCGCUCUUAAUAAAACCAAGGAACGGAUGCGCCCUUACCAAAGCAACCAAGAAGAUGAGGAUCCAGACAUCAAGAAGAUUAAAAAGGUUCAGAGCUUCAUGCGGGGUUGGUUGUGCAGAAGGAAAUGGAAGACCAUCGUUCAAGACUACAUUUGUUCUCCUCAUGCUGAAAGCAUGAGGAAGAGAAACCAGAUCGUGUUCACCAUGGUGGAGGCGGAGUCCGAGUACGUGCACCAGCUCUACAUCCUGGUCAACGGCUUCCUGCGGCCCCUGCGGAUGGCCGCCAGCUCCAAGAAGCCGCCCAUCAGCCACGACGAUGUCAGCAGUAUUUUUCUCAACAGUGAAACCAUUAUGUUUCUUCAUGAAAUAUUUCACCAAGGACUAAAGGCAAGGAUUGCAAACUGGCCUACUUUAAUUUUAGCUGAUCUGUUUGAUAUUUUGCUCCCCAUGCUGAACAUUUAUCAAGAAUUUGUGCGAAAUCACCAGUACAGCCUCCAAGUCCUUGCCAACUGUAAGCAAAACAGAGAUUUUGACAAACUCUUAAAACAGUAUGAAGCCAACCCUGCCUGCGAGGGGAGGAUGCUGGAAACCUUCUUGACCUAUCCAAUGUUUCAGAUUCCCCGGUAUAUCAUCACACUGCAUGAACUUCUGGCCCACACACCCCAUGAGCAUGUGGAGAGGAAGAGCCUGGAGUUUGCUAAAUCAAAACUCGAGGAACUGUCCAGGGUGAUGCACGAUGAAGUAAGUGACACUGAAAACAUAAGGAAAAACCUCGCCAUCGAAAGAAUGAUAGUAGAGGGCUGUGACAUUUUGCUGGACACCAGCCAAACUUUCAUCCGCCAAGGUUCUCUUAUACAAGUACCUUCCGUUGAGCGGGGGAAACUUAGUAAAGUUCGCCUGGGUUCACUGUCUUUGAAAAAGGAAGGAGAGAGACAGUGCUUCUUAUUUACAAAACACUUUUUAAUUUGUACAAGAAGUUCAGGAGGAAAACUGCAUCUGCUUAAGACAGGUGGGGUCCUCUCUCUCAUAGAAUGUACGUUGAUUGAAGAGCCUGAUGCAAGUGAUGAUGACUCCAAAGGUUCUGGGCACAUGUUUGGACACCUGGAUUUUAAGAUAGUGGUAGAACCUCCUGAUGCUGCCUCUUUCACUGUGGUCUUGUUAGCACCUUCACGCCAGGAGAAAGCUGCCUGGAUGAGCGACAUCAGUCAGUGUGUGGACAAUAUACGAUGUAAUGGUUUAAUGACUAUAGUAUUUGAAGAAAAUUCCAAAGUUACUGUGCCACAUAUGAUUAAGUCUGAUGCCCGUCUUCAUAAGGAUGACACUGACAUUUGCUUCAGUAAAACACUCAACUCCUGCAAAGUGCCCCAGAUCCGCUAUGCCAGCGUGGAGCGCCUCUUGGAGCGCCUGACUGAUUUGCGGUUUCUGAGCAUCGAUUUCCUCAACACCUUCCUGCACACCUAUCGCAUUUUCACCACGGCCACUGUGGUGCUGGCGAAGCUCUCUGAUAUAUACAAGAGGCCUUUCACCUCCAUCCCCGUCAGGUCACUGGAAUUGUUUUUUGCUACCAGUCAAAACAACAGAGGUGAACAUUUGGUGGAUGGAAAAUCCCCACGUUUGUGUCGCAAAUUCUCUUCCCCACCACCACUGGCAGUGUCCAGAACAUCCUCCCCAGUGAGGGCCAGAAAGCUGUCCUUGACUUCUCCCUUGAACUCAAGGAUAGGAGCCUUGGACCUGACCACGUCCUCGUCGUCCAGCAGUCCCACCACCACCCAUAGCCCCGCAGCAUCCCCACCGCCGCACACUGGUAAAGUACCGUUGGAUCUUAGCAGAGGCCUCUCUUCUCCAGAGCAAAGCCCGGGAUCUGUAGAAGAGAAUGUAGAUAACCCCCGCGUGGAUCUGUGUAACAAGCUAAAACGAAGUAUUCAAAGAGCAGCAGUCCUGGAGUCCGCCCCGGUGGAUCGAGCGGGAGCAGAAAGCUCCCCGGCAGCAGAUGCCACGGAACUUUCACCUUGUAGGUCCCCCUCAACUCCCCGGCACCUCCGCUAUCGCCAGCCUGGAGGACAGACAGCUGACAAUACCCACUGCUCUGUUUCGCCAGCAUCCGCUUUUGCAAUUGCCACUGCUGCAGCAGGACACGGGAGUCCACCAGGGUUUAACAACACAGAGAGAACCUGUGACAAAGAGUUUAUCAUUCGGAGAUCGGCCACCAACAGGGUCCUAAAUGUCCUCCGUCACUGGGUCUCAAAGCACGCACAGGAUUUUGAACUCAACAACGAACUAAAGAUGAAUGUCCUAAAUUUGCUAGAAGAAGUCUUACGAGACCCAGACCUUCUUCCCCAGGAAAGGAAAGCCACAGCCAAUAUCCUGAGGGCCCUUUCACAAGAUGAUCAAGAUGACAUUCACCUAAAAUUAGAAGACAUAAUGCAAAUGACUGACUGUUCGAAGGCCGAGUGCUUUGAGACCUUGUCAGCCAUGGAGCUGGCUGAGCAGAUCACCCUCCUAGACCACGUCAUUUUCAGAAGUAUUCCUUAUGAAGAGUUUCUUGGGCAGGGAUGGAUGAAGCUGGAUAAAAAUGAAAGAACACCUUACAUUAUGAAAAACAGCCAACACUUUAAUGAUAUGAGUAACCUGGUGGCCUCCCAGAUAAUGAAUUACGCCGAUGUCAGCUCCCGUGCCAACGCAAUCGAAAAGUGGGUGGCGGUGGCGGACAUUUGCCGAUGCCUGCACAACUACAAUGGCGUGCUGGAGAUCACCUCGGCCUUAAACAGAAGUGCCAUCUAUAGGCUGAAGAAAACCUGGGCCAAGGUGUCCAAGCAGACAAAAGCUCUAAUGGACAAACUUCAGAAGACUGUUUCAUCUGAAGGAAGGUUUAAAAAUCUCAGAGAAACCCUUAAAAAUUGUAACCCCCCAGCAGUUCCUUACCUUGGAAUGUACUUGACGGAUCUGGCAUUUAUAGAAGAAGGAACACCAAACUUUACUGAAGAAGGCCUUGUCAAUUUUUCCAAAAUGAGAAUGAUAUCACACAUUAUCCGAGAGAUUCGACAGUUCCAGCAGACUGCCUACCGAAUAGACCAUCAGCCAAAGGUCACACAGUACUUGCUUGACAAAGCCCUUAUCAUAGAUGAAGAUACGCUUUAUGACCUGUCACUGAAAAUUGAACCUCGACUCCCUGCUUGAAGAUCCGGCCUUGCCCUGAGACCUCGGCAUUUCCAUGGAAAGGGGACAGACAGAACUGUGCAUGCCAUGCCUCACACGGUGCAGCGGGGACUGGGGAAAGGCAAAGCCAGUCUCCUGUCUGCACUGAAGAAGAUGGAAUUGGACUGAAUUUCUGUCUCCAGCCGGAGCAAACCCCAGCUGUGUGGGUCAAAGACAGCUGCUUCAGCCUUGGGUGGGAAGAUGAAAAGACUGAUGCUGUAAAACUGAUGGUACAUUUUAUGUAAGGGAAUGUAAGAUGGGAAAGGCUUGUAGCCACUUUCAUGAAGCUGGUAAGAUGGUAAAUUUCCCUCUGUCCCAUGUUCUAUUAGAACUUGGAGACAAGGGCCCGCAGAAAAGACCUGUGACGUUUCUCUGGCACUUCACUGGCCUGGGCACACCUGCCAAUCUUCUCCUAGGAUUUAUCUGCUUCCAUGACAUCUCCUUCCAUUACAAGCUUCACAGAAAAGCCGAAGCCUCCUCUCUAGGGCCAACACAUCAGUAGUGCCAGUCUCCAGCAUGUGCAUGGUUCUCAGUGCAUUAUAAAUAUUUAUAUUUGAGGAAUGGUGUGUUCUGAAACUGCCUUUUCAGUCUUUAGGCAACAGGACAGGAAAAAAAAAAUGUUAAAACACAAGUGGAUUUGUUGGUAACAUUUCCUUAAUCAAAAACAUUAGGCUGUGCCCUAGAGGAUUUCAGCCUCUGACCAUCUUGGGGUGGGGGCGGGGCUUCUUCCUGAGACAGGUGGUCCUAAGAAGCUCCCCCCUUGGAGAGGCAGCUGCAGAGUUUGCAGAAAGGUGCAUGCCACCUCACCGACAAAACUGUGGAACCAGAUAGAAGGCCACAAAGUGCUAUGGAGAAUAAUGAGUUUCAUUGCUAAGUGAAAAUAUAUACCUAAAAAUCAUCUUUGUACCUCGUUUUGCUUGUUUCCUUUUCUCCAGUAGUAUGAUAGGAAUCUUCUGAUUUACACAGACUUUUUUUUAGGCUCACUAUGAGCAUUGAUUGUAUUUUUAAAAAACUGUUCUGUGGGAUUUUCUUUUGAAAACCCACACUUCCAUGUGCUGUUGGUAGACAGUUCUCCCCAGCCCCAGGCAUCUUUGAACAUGAUUUUGAGAUCUUUCUGAGUGAGAAUCCUGUAUAGCGUGGGAACUGAGUGCAACCACCCAACAGCUCUCACGGCUGAAAACCAAGUUCAGGGGUUAGUCCUGCUACCCAAGCCUGGGGAAGAGGCUUCAGUUUUACGGAGAUUGUCAGUUGUGGAAGAAACAGGGCUAUCUCAUCGUUUACCUCCCUCUUCUCUUCUCAGGGAGACUACUGCUUUAAAAGAAGAAAAAGAAAACACGACAGUUAUUAUUACCUGAGCCUGUUGUACCUGACAUUUUCUCUUGAAAGCAUGAAGCUUAUUAAUGCUAUGAAAAAUUGAUCUGUCUGGCUGUUUUCCCUCUUCCUUUGCACUUUAAUUCUUUUGGUAGAGCUAACAGCUGAUUAUAAAUUCCACCUGCUGGCUCUUAAGACCCAGUGGAAGAGCUGGCAUUGAUAAUGUAUUGUAGAAGUAGAGAAGGUACAUUGUUUUGCACAGUGAGGACCAUCUCUGUACAUACUGCAUAGUGAAAUAUCAACUAAGGAAAAGAAAAAAUAUAAUAUAUGAAGAUCAUUCCAAAAAUAUUUUCUAUAGCUCAUAUUAGCCAACAGUGUAGCAUUAGGCCCAAGAAGGGUUAAUUAUGGAUGCUGUACUUUUUAUUUUUUAAGUUGCUUGUUUGUUCUCUUUAAUUUCAAACAAGAGGUUGACCGCAUCUCGAUGCAUGCUGAAAAGCAUGACUGUGGGAUUCUCACCAUGCAUACUUUGUGAUUUAUUUCUCAGUGUUCAGAAACUGAGGGCUUGAAAAAAAUACAUGUCAGUUGCAUCAAACACCUCAAGUUCUUGCAGAAGAAAAGCUAGGUAAGGUUAGCUGUCUUGGCUCAAAAAGAAAGAAGUGUUGGAAGGUGAACUAAAACCAGAACAAAUCCAUGAGAGGACCACACACAAACCUAGUACCUAGCUUCAGGCAAAACACCACUUGGAAAGGUCAAUGCCUUUACACUACCAGGAGUCUCACAGUCCUCUGGAGGGGAAGGGAUACCUCUAUGUGCACUUUCCUUGGAAGCUUGGACCCUUAUUUCUCUGACCCAAAUGUCCCAGAGGCACUGCCAUUUUUAUUAAAGAAAAAGAAGAGGAGUUUCAAAUGCUCCUCCUCUUUUGGAAUGCAGCUUUUCCUCACUAGUGACAAAACUUUUGAGCCUGUUUCCUGUAGAAUGUUGGAAGUGCCUCUCGUGGUCAGACAUGACUUUUAGCAUCUUAUUGAGUUUAAUGCUAACUUUCUGUUUUCUUGAGUCACGUGGCCCUCCUGUUUCCUAAAACUAAAGCGAGAGAAUUCCUCCUCCAAGAGAAUUCUUUUUGACAACCUGCAUGAUGUGUGGGCCAGCUGAGAUAGGAAUGCAUGUUUAAAAUAAUAAUAAGGGCUGGGGUUGUGGCUCAGUGGUAGAGCAUUUGCCUAGCAUGCAUGAGGCCCUGGGUUCAAUCCUCGGCACCACAUAAAAAAAAAAUAAAGGUAUUGUGUCCACAUACAACUAAAAAAAUUUAAAAAAUAAUAAUAAGCAGAAAACCUCAAUUUGGCCACAUUUAAAAUUCCCCAGAACAAAUUCAUGUUGUCUCUUCUGACUGCUAAAGUCUCGGUCUUCUUCUAAGCCUUAUGUAUAUUGUGGCACACAUCGUGUGCUCGCCUGGCUCUGCCUGCCUAUAUUCUAUUCUAUAAGACAGGUCCUGGGAGUGGGAGGUCAGCCUCUAUCAGUCAAGUAGCAAACAUGCAUACUACAAAAUUAACCCAGAAAAUCAGAAGUAAAAUCCAAUUUCAUGCUUUCAAAUGAAUACUUUUUGUACUGUCAGCGGAAUCAUCAUGAGGUUUGUAGGGAAUGCCUUUGGUGAUUAACUAAGACAUUCAGUUUUGCUACAGGGAUAAGUCUUUUACCUAAGCUGAUAUAUUUUUUGACAGAUUCAGGCAUGAAGUAGAACGUUGUCACUUUUCCUUAGUGUUUCUGUGAAGGAAUUUAAAGAGGAAAUUUUAAACUGCUCUUGCAGUGUUUCCAAGCUGCUCUCAUAAUGUCCCCAUUGCUGUCCAAUUUCAAUGUACUACUUAUAAACAAACGAAACUCAUGGAUACUGGAUAAUUUGGAAGAGAAAAUCCAUUAUGUGCCUAUUUGGAAUGUGUGGUGAAUCAGUAUCUCUUUUCUCACAUUGUGAAACAAGAUCUUGGGCCAGCAACAAGCAGGCAGCUUUUAACUAAAAGAAGUAAUACAGUAGAGACGUCAUUCCCAGUAAAGUUAACUUUCAUUUAAAAACAAAGGAUUUCCUUACUUUUCAAAGUUUGAUAUUCCCUCUGAAAGAGGAUCUCUCUUUUCAUUUUGAACUGCAUGUUUUAUAACAACCUGCAAAAAAUGUUUACUACUAUUGAAAUGGCAUAAAAGAUAAAAUAUCACUGAGUAUGGUGGCAUACGCCAGUAAUUCCUGCUACUCAGGAAACUGAGGAUGGAGGUCUGCAAGUUUGAGCCCAGUGUAGGUAACUUAGUGAAACCCUGUCCCAAAAUAAAAAUAAAAAGGGUUGGGGCUAUAGUUCUGUGGUUGAUUGCUUGCUGUGCAUGAGUAAAACCCUGGGGUCAAUCCCCAGUACUGCAAAAAGAAAAAGAUAAUCUACUAUUUAUGACCAGACUAAUGUCCACUGGCAGAAGGACUCAGUAAGUGAGAUUCAUUUUCAUUUCUGUAUGAAAUUUUGUAAGUUUAAAUAAUGACUUGAUUACAGACACCACUGUAUGAUUCCUGGUAAUAAAUCUAAUCAGAGUGUCAGUUCUCAGUGCCCACUGGUGACUUAAAAUGAAGAAGGGCAGAGUGAAAGUGGGAAACAGUCUUCUUGUUUAGGUGUAAACACAUGAAUGAUUCAGAAAAUUAUUCAUCUCAGGUGCCACACAGCAUGACAUUAACAUUAGGAUUGAUUGUACUGAUCUGAUCUGCUUGAGGAAAAUAAUAGUUCUACUUAAUGAUGUUGAACCACUGUCUUCACAUAACGCAUUUCAACUUUCAUUAGAAAGCUAGAAGUGAAAGUGUACUGGACUAGGCAUCCCUGCCCUGAGUCCUAGCCCAGAUCUGCAUCCGCUAGCUAGAAAACCGUAGGCCAGUGUUUACACCUCUCUGAGCCUCAGUUUCCUCAUCUGCAAAAUGAGGUCAAUCGUAAUUUCUGUGUGUCUACCUCACGGGGCUGUCAUGAAGACCAAAUGGGUUAGAAUGUAAACUGUAAAGUGCUGUCCAAAUGUGAGGUAACCUGAUUACCAUCCUUAGCUCUCUUUUGCAAAGGAAUUAAAUGUAUUUCUUUAUUAUUUGUGUGUGUGUGUGUGUGUGUGUGUAUGUGUGUGUAUGUGUGUGAGAUGGACAAACAUAUGUCAGUUGGAGAAGCAUAUUG